ACUCCCUCCAGUGCAGCUCUUCAAUGGCUUGAAAUUCCCUUCAUUUUCUUCUCAAAUCGUCUUCUUCUUUCCAACACUUUUAGCAUCCAAAAUCCGCCAUCAAUUACAGUAUAAGUAAGCCUCGAAAAUGGCGGCACCGGCGGCGGCGACGGCGACUGGAGCAGCUGCUUCCGCUUUGUGUCCUCCCUACUACACUACCUCAUCCUCUUCAAAAUCUUUCCAAAGCCAUUUUUCCCUCAAAUCCGUCCCGUGUCGGUGCAUUUCAUUUUCUCCGAUAAAAUUUAAUAGCUCUGUCAUCAAUACAUGUAGCAGGAGACGCCCUUUUGCUCUGGAGACUUCUCAUUCAUUCCAGGUCUCUGCUUCCCAAGCAGGCAUGAAAUCUAUUACCAGAAGAAAUGGAACUCACAACCCGGGAUGUUCAGUGUACCGGGCAUGCUGUUCUCUAGCAGUUCCUCACUGUACGAGUCUGUCUCCAUUAAGUGCCCCUGAAUCAGGUACUCUUUCAUGUCAAAAAGAAACAAUUACCGAUUUGUUGGGCAGCAACAUUGAAAAGAUGGAACAUAUCAAUGAAACUUUUAAGCAAUGUUUAGUGGUACUAGAUCUGGAUCCAGCCACAGCAAAGGUGGCAAUAAGCAUUCUAGGACCUUCACUUUCAGCAUUUGGUUUCCUGUUCAUUCUAAGAAUAGUAAUGUCCUGGUACCCAAAGCUUCCAGUAAAAUCGUUCCCUUAUGUCAUAGCCUAUGCUCCAACGGAGCCCAUUCUUAUCGCAACCCGGAAGUUGAUUCCUCCGCUUGGAGGAGUCGAUGUAACACCUGUAGUCUGGUUUGGAUUGCUCAGCUUUCUUAAUGAAAUACUUGUCGGUCCGCAAGGGCUUCUUGUACUCUUAUCCCAACAGAUUGGGUAGAUGAACUUAUUCAGCAUCCAAUUUUUCAGUGUAUAAAAUAUCUGUUUGGUUGCCUAGUUCUGCCAUUUGUACUGGUUUUAGUUUUGAUUCCCACCCUCCAUAAAAGAGAAAUUUUGCUUCAUAUCUUUUGAGUUCUAUCUUACUGUAUUUUUAGCCAGUAUUAGCAAGUGAGUUUACUUUGUAAUUUGUAAUAAAAAACACAACAUCUCGAGAUUCAGUCAUAAUAUGAAAGUAACCUUGGGUUUCGUUAAAAUUAAUUUUUAAUCCUUGACA